CGGGGACUUGAACCAACACCCAGCCACUCGCCACUUUCCGCGGCCGCGCCCAUGGAGAGCAGCAUCCGCCUCGCCGACACCCUCCGGCCGUCGUCUCUCCCGGCACCGGCGUCCGCCCACCUCCGCCGCCGCCACCUCUACCUCCACCGCCUCCCCCGCACCUCCUCCUCCUCCUCCCUCUUCUUCUCCCCGUCGCACCAUCAUCGCCUCUGCCCCACGCCUCGGCAUGACCUCCUGCAGCCUCUCGCCGCCGCCGCCUCCGGCGCCGCGAAGCUCGUGCCCGCCUCCCCGGCGCCAGCUGAUUCUAGCCCCGAGCCAAAGCCCUCGGGCGCGAAGCUCGUGCCGCUCGUCAUCUCCCUCGCGGUCGGCCUCGCCGUGCGGUUCCUGGCGCCGCGGCCCGCCGAGGUGAGCCCGCGGGCGUGGCAGCUGCUCUCCAUCUUCCUCUCCACCAUCGCGGGGCUCGUGCUGGGCCCGCUCCCCGUCGGCGCCUGGGCUUUCCUCGGCCUCACGGCCGCCGUCGCCACGCACACGCUCCCCUUCGCCGCCGCCUUCGCCGCCUUCACCAACGAGAUCAUCUGGCUCAUCGUCAUCUCCUUCUUCUUCGCGCGCGGCUUCGUCAAGACGGGCCUCGGCGACCGCGUCGCCACCUACUUCGUCAAGUGGCUCGGCAAGAGCACGCUGGGGCUGUCCUACGGGCUCGCCCUCGGCGAGGCCUGCAUAGCGCCGGCCAUGCCCAGCACCGCCGCCAGGGCAGGGGGCAUUUUCCUGCCCAUCAUCAAGUCACUCUCCCUCUCGGCUGGGAGCAAGCCCAACCAUCCGUCUUCACGGAAGCUCGGAACAUAUCUGGUCAUGUCGCAAUUCCAGGCAGCUAGUAGCUCAAGUGCUUUGUUCCUGACUGCUGGGGCACAAAAUCUGUUGUGCUUGAAUCUAGCAGAAAAGUUUGGUGUUAUUAUCGCAAAUCCAUGGGUAACAUGGUUUAAAGCUGCUAGUUUGCCAGCUAUUGUUUCUCUCCUAGCAACGCCAUACUUGCUAUACAAAAUCUUUCCCCCUGAAAUAAAGGACACCCCUGAGGCCCCGGCAUUGGCUGCAGAGAAGCAGAAGCAGAUGGGUCCGGUGACUAAAAAUGAAUGGGCUAUGAUUGGCACAAUGAUUCUUGCAGUCGCGCUAUGGAUUUUUGGGGAUGCUAUUGGUGUGUCUAGUGUUGUGGCUGCAAUGCUUGGGCUCUCCAUUCUUCUCCUGCUUGGUGUGCUGGACUGGGCUGAUAUCUUGAAUGAGAAAUCCGCAUGGGAUACAUUGGCUUGGUUUUCAGUUCUGGUUGGGAUGGCAGCACAACUCACAAGCCUGGGGAUUGUUUCUUGGAUGUCAAGCUGUAUUGCUAACCUGCUUCAGUCUUUCUCAUUGAGUUGGCCUGCAGCAUUUUGUGUUCUUCAGGCCUCCUACCUUGUGAUCCAUUAUCUAUUCGCAAGUCAAACUGGGCAUGUUGGAGCCUUGUACUCUGCAUUCCUGGCUAUGCAUGUAGCAGCAGGCGUUCCUAGUGUGCUUUCAGCACUUGCUUUGGCGUUCAACACAGAUUUGUUUGGGGGAAUAACUCACUACAGUAGUGGGCAGGCAGCGGUAUACUUUGGAGCUGGGUAUCUUGACCUUCCUGAUGUUUUCAGGAUUGGUUUUAUAUCAACCUUGAUUAACACAUUGAUCUGGGGAGGUAUUGGGACCUUUUGGUGGAAAUUUUUAGGGCUCUACUGACAGCAGGCGCCGUCAACGUACCGGUGGUGUUGGAAGUGAUGACAGCAGCUGGAUUAAGUGGAGGCAGGACAACAUUGAAUUGGAUAAUUCAGUUGAGAUGUGAUUCUGGGGAGAUGAGAUGGUGCCAUUGUAUUGUUACUCCCAAAACCGUUUCCCCGGUCAGAGGGAAGUCUUGCAAAUGUGAAAUGGAAGAAAAAUGCGCUGCUGGUAGUUGCACUUGCACGGAGUUGGAGCUGGGCUCGGGGGCUGUUUGGAAGCUCAGUAUUUAUCCUAAAACCCUUGUAAAUUACAGGUUUACGCGCGACUGUCACAAUAUAGUAGAGAAAAGCGCGACCAAUCUCUACGCGCAUGAUGCCUUAGAGCACUCACAAUGCAGACUCUAUCAUAGAGUCUAAAGUUAUUUAUUAUCUCGAACAAUGUGGACUUAGAGUCUAAAUAAGACUUGGAGUUUUAUUUUUUUUAUCUCUUUCUUAAAUAAAUAUGCUAUCACAUCAGUAAAAUACCUUUAAUAAUAUGUAAUUAAUUAUCUUGGACUCUGUAAUAGAGUCUUACA